AUGUCCAAGUCGCUUAUGCGCAUACCCUUCACAGGACCCCUACCGCCACCUAUACUGAUACCCAGCGGCACAUCGACUCUUGACGGAGCCAGAACUGCGCUUACGAAUUUCCUUCUACCUCCAGGACAUAAUGGAGUGCCAAAGACAGUCCUCUUGACAGGCGCAGGGAUAUCAGUGGCAUCAGGCCUUGCAGACUACCGAGGCAAAGAUGGCACAUACACUUCCAAUCCGAAGUAUCGGCCAGUAUACUACCACGAGUUCCUGGCUUCGCAUCAGUGGCGGAAGAGAUACUGGGCGCGGUCCUUCCUAGGCUACCCAUCACUGCUCAGCUCGAAGCCCAAUUCGUCCCACCGAGCAGUCGCUUCGUUGGACUCUCUGGGCAUACUGUCCUCCUGUAUCACGCAAAACGUCGACAGCUUCCACCCCCGGUCGCACCCUGACCUGCCCACGAUUGAGUUGCAUGGAUACCUUCGCUCUUUGCUGUGCCUGUCAUGCGGCACAUUACAUCCGCGAGGCGCUUUCCAGGAAGAUUUAGCAGCCCUGAAUCCGGCCUGGAAGAGCUUCUUGGCCUCUCUGCUCGAGACCGGCGCUUUGUCGACUGAAGACCCCAAACGACGCGAGAAACUGGGAUAUCGCACGAAUCCCGACGGUGAUGCCGAUGUUCCAGACGCGCCGUACACGACAUUCCGCUAUCCGCCAUGCCCGAAGUGUCUCAAGUCGCCUCCAACACUCAAGGACGGCAUGCAGGGCAAGAUCUAUACUGAUGACGACGGCGCUUGGAACGAGAAGUCCAACGCAGGCAUCCUAAAGCCGAACGUCAUCAUGUUCGGCGAGAGCAUACCAGCGCAGAUCAAGGCAGCUGCGGAAGACGCGAUCAACAGCGCAGACCGCAUGUUGAUUAUAGGCAGUUCGCUGGCGACGUACUCGGCCUGGCGUCUGGUUAAACAGGCAUUUGAUCAGUCGAUGCCGAUUGGUGUGCUGAAUAUAGGUGGGGUGCGGAAGGAGGAGGGCUUCUUCCCACCGGAAAGUCGUGAGAUUUGGGAGAAGGCGGGCAAUGAUGGGAGCUACGCAUAUCGAGCCAGUGUCAGUAGCGAGAGCGUACUGCCGGAGGUGGUUGAGAUGCUUCGUCGGCGGCUGAAUGGGUGA